UCAUUUCUUUCACACUGAUCUAAUAUCUUUAUUAAUUCAGCUAUUUCUUAUUUUUUUUUUCAUUAUCUUUCUUCUUCCUCACAUUUGCAGAAAAAAAAAAUCUUCACUUUUGUCUUCAAAAGGAUCCAGUUCUGGGUUUAUAUUAAUUUUCUCCUUUAUCUAUUUUUCAUACAUUAUAUUUUUGUUUUUUUUAAAAUAUAAGAAGAGUGCGUUAUUAAGUAAUUAAGAGAUGAUGAAGAAGAUUAAUAACAAUAAUUAUGGAUGCACAAGGAAGGAGGAAUUAGAAUGUAAUUAUAACGUUAUUCAUAAGCUUCCUACUGGUGAUAGUCCUUAUGUUAGAGCCAAAUAUGCACAGCUAGUAGAGAAAGAUGCAGAGGCAGCUAUAGUGCUGUUUUGGAAGGCGAUUAACGCUGGGGAUAGAGUGGAUAGCGCGUUGAAAGACAUGGCAGUCGUUAUGAAACAACAUAAUCGCACUGAAGAGGCUAUUGAAGCUAUUAAGUCCUUCAGAGACCGAUGCUCCAAACAAGCGCAAGAAUCAUUAGACAAUGUCCUCAUCGAUUUAUACAAGAAAUGCGGAAAGUUAGACGAGCAAAUUGAACUGCUGAAGCAGAAGCUACAAAUGAUUUACCAAGGAGAAGCAUUUAAUGGUAAACCUACAAAGACGGCUCGUUCCCAUGGAAGAAAGUUCCAAGUUACCAUCAAGCAAGAGACCUCCAGAAUACUGGGUAACUUGGGCUGGGCAUACAUGCAGCAAUCCAAUUAUGCAGCUGCUGAAAUUGUUUAUCGCAAGUCUCAGCAAAUCGACCCUGAUGCCAAUAAGGCGUGCAAUCUAUGCACGUGUCUACUAAAACAAGCGCGAUAUAGUGAAGCAAGAUCGGUCCUUGAAAGCGUUUUACAAGGUAAAAUCUCAGGCUCGGAUGAUCCUAGAUCAAAGAGUCGCGUAGAGGAACUAUUGAAAGAAUUGGAACCAUUUGGUUCAGUUGGUUGUACUUCACUUUCACCCAAAUUGAACUUGGAAGAUGCAUUUCUUGAUGGUCUUGAUCAGUUGAUAAACCAGUAUGCUCCAUUCCGGUCGAGGCGACUUCCUAUUUUUGAAGAAAUUUCACCAUGUAGAGAUCAAUUGGCUUGUUGAUCUUUCAUGUUUGAGUAGAGAAGACAUACUUGUUUGUGAAAAAAUAGGCAAUAUUAGUAUAGAUAGUUUGAUACCAUAGUCAAAUGUGAGUUGAGAUGCACAUAUGUUUUUUUCACAUGUUUGGUUUUGUACCAAUUUGAUUACAUUUCUUGCAGUCUUAAUUUACUAGUGUUGUGAAGGGUGGA